CAACUUCUAUUUUGAUCAAUGCGGCAAUUCCCAUUUGUUACCCUCUCUUGCAAAACCUUUUGUCCUAUCAAUGAACCGUAAAAAAGUUUUGUUUCCCAUAUCUCAAAAGGUCAAAAUUGAGCCUCGUUAAAACCUCCCUGUUUGUUUGUAAGCUUAUACCCUCUCUCUCACUUCCCAUUUCCCAAAUACCGAUCCAAAUUGAAACUCAAUCAAACACCGAAGCAGCACAUUUCUGAGCUAAAGUACGAUUUUUUUUUUUUUUUUCCAGAUACUUUAGAAUGUGUAGCAUAAGUUACUCUGUUACUCUCAGUCCCAUAAUUUUAUGGAGCUGAAAAGAAAGUUGUGCUAAAUUGUAAAACUCACCCCAAAGGGCUCAACUCUUCUUUAUCUUUCUGUUAAUCAAUGGCAGCCUCUCUAUUAUCAUCACCAUUAACCUCAACAUUCUCUACUCGGAGGACCCACCUGAGAUUUUCACUCAAGCAUGGCCUUUUCCCCAUUAAAACUAACAAAGAACCAAUUUUCAAGUCAAACCCACGGUUAACAUGUCAAGCUUCACGCCAUUUUGGUCCUCUUCUUGCAACCAGAGAUUCCUCUGAUGGGUUUCUUGAGACACUUGAGGAGAGUGAGACUCUGCCAUUCUUUGAGGAACGGCCUGUCAAAUUUUUAGUCUUGGUGAUAUUGUGGGCUUCUGUGUCUCUGGCUUGGUUUGCCGCUUCUGGGGAUGCUAAGGCUGCUACUGAUUCCAUUAAAGCCUCGAGCUUUGGCCUAAAUAUUGCGAGUAAGCUUCGGAGUUUGAGCUGGCCUGAUGAGGCUGUUGUAUUUGCCUUGGCUACGCUUCCUGUGCUUGAGCUUCGCGGGGCUAUUCCUGUUGGGUAUUGGAUGCACCUCAAGCCUGUUCCCUUAACUGUCCUGUCAGUUCUUGGGAACAUGGUCCCUGUGCCCUUCAUCAUACUAUACUUGAAGAAAUUUGCAUCGUUUCUCGCUGGGAGGAGCUCGUCUGCAUCUCGAUUCCUGGACAUGCUAUUCAAGAGGGCCAAAGAGAAGGCUGGCCCUGUGGAAGAGUUUCAAUGGCUUGGCCUGAUGCUGUUUGUGGCUGUGCCUUUUCCUGGAACAGGAGCAUGGACAGGAGCCUUCAUAGCUUCUAUUCUUGAGAUGCCAUUCUGGUCAGCUGUAACUGCAAAUUUCUUUGGUGUUGUGUUGGCUGGGCUUCUGGUAAAUUUGCUGGUAAAUGUUGGUCUCAAGUAUGCUAUUGUUACCGGUGUUAUCCUCUUUUUUAUUUCCACAUUCAUGUGGAGCCUCCUUCGAAAUCUUAGGAAGUAUUUCAGUUCAUCAAAAUUGAUAAAUUGAAAAAUUGAACACAUUUCUUAACCCUCAUACAUUUGAACUGGAAAUCUUUGAAUUUUUUAUUAUGUAGUCUCUCCAAUGAGGUCUAUCUACCUACCAGGAAACUUUGAUUCUAUCAAGUAUAAACAACAUUGUAUAUUUCCUUUUAA